CCUCCCUCUCCCGAACACGUCCUAUCAACCAUGGUCUUCAAACAGCUUCUGAUCCUUGGCGUGGUUGUAGCAGCCACAACUGCGAAAUCGCAAAUCUUCGAGCCACAUCAUCCGCCCAUGCCACACGAAUUCGGAUACGGCGUGGAAUCCCCGGAGACAGGCGAUGUGAAGGAGCACAAGCAGACCGUGUCUCGCACGGGAAGGACUGACGGUGAAUACCGAUGGCUCCAACCGAACGGCCUCUACCAGGUCGUCAGGUACUACGUGGACGGUGACUCAGGAUUCCAGGCCCACGUAAGCGAGGAGCCAGGACCCGGCGUCGGCAACUACUACAGCAAUUCCCUGAGUGGGGAGAGUUCCGUGGGCUUCGUUCCUCCCUUGUCCCACGGCGUCGUUGGUCAUCACAACCCCCUUCUUCCUGGCGUCAGCAAUGUGAUAACGCCCCCGAGUCACGUGUCCUUCACCGGCUCUUUACCCACCCCCAUCGUCCCCGCCACGGCCCACGGACAGACCUCCUUGAUUCCUCUGACACCCACACAUGUUUCUGUCUCCUCUGAUCUGAGACCAGAUCUCUCCUUCUCCUCCUCGAGACCUGGCAAUGCCUUUUCCUCCUUCUCGAACCCUGGCAAUACCUUUUCCACCCCGAGGCCUGGCAAUGCCUUUUCCUCCUUCUCGAGCCCUGGCAACGCCUUUUCUUCCUUCUCGAGCCCUGGCAAUACCUUUUCCACCUCGAGGCCUGGCAAUACCUUUUCCUCCUUCACGAGCCCUGGCAAUAGCUUUUCUUCCUUCUCUAGCCCUGGCAAUAGCUUUUCCACCUCGAGGCCUGGCAAUACCUUUUCCUCCUUCACGAGCCCUGGCAAUAGCUUUUCUUCCUUCUCUAGCCCUGGCAAUAGCUUCUCCUCUUUCUCGAGACCAGGCCAGUCCCUCUCCUUCUUGAAUUCAGGCCAAUCCUUCUCUUCCUUCUCGAAUCCCGGCCAAUCCUUCUCUUCUUUCUCGAGACCUGGCCAUUCCUUCUCCUCCGUUCCAAGGCCCAGUCGCGUCUCCCUCACUCCAACGCCGCUGGACCGAGGCUCCUUUUCCACCACCGUGGCCCCCCCUCGCUCCUUCACCACCUCCCCGGGAUUCAGCACUCACCAGAAUUUCGGAGGAGUGACCGACGGAAGCAUCAUCCACGUGUAAAGGACUACGACAAACAACAACUCCAGGGGUUCUGCCUUUGAUGUUCACCGACAGGAGUAAAUUUGAAGAUGAAGGUCAACUAUUAAUUAAGUUCGGAGAAUUCUGAACAUUUUGUAUCUCUCUACUGAGGACAUCAAAUUAAUUCAUCUUUGGAGAAUUCUGGACCUUUUCCAUCUCUCUACUGAGGACAUCAAAUUCAUUCAUCGAGAAGACCAUGAUUACCCCAUCAAUGUCCAUAUUUUAAAAUAGCACGAGAAUAAAGUAUGCAAACGAG